AUGUUUAUAUUUGUUUUAUUGCUGCCUGUCAACCGCAAACGAUCUACUUUGCAUUCUGAUGACAGUGUCCAAUCUCAGGAAAAGCAGAACCUGGAUAUUGAGUCCUGGGAGAGUUGCCAGUUUGCCACAAGAGGAAAGGCUUCUUUUCCACCCUUGACAGAGGCGUGCUCGCUGGACUGCGGCCCCCACGGCAUCUGCGAGAACGACGCUUGCACCUGUGACGAGGGCUGGACAGGUGCCAACUGCUCGGAACGCUUGUGUGAUCCUAGGUGCAGCGAACACGGCCAAUGCAAGAAUGGGACGUGCGUGUGCAUGGCGGGCUGGAAUGGACGCCAUUGUACCCUCUCGGGAUGCCCUGGGAACUGCCGGAACCGAGGCACGUGCGACGCCGACCAGGAGGGCGUGUGGAAGUGCAUCUGUCAGCCAGGCUGGGACGGACCCGACUGCUCGGCCAUGCUCGAGACCCAGUGCAGUGACGGCGUGGACAAUGACCGAGACGGCCUCAUGGAUUGCCAGGACCCCGAAUGCUGCACCCACCAAGCCUGCCAGGACUCCCAGCUCUGCGUCAGCCGCUCCACCCCGAUGGACAUCCUCCUCCGCAAGCAGCCUCCGGGAUCGACCGCUUCGUUCUUCGAGAAAAUGCGGUUCCUCAUCGAAGAGGAUUCGCUGCAGCACUUCUCCGGCGAGUUCAACAAAAGGAGAGCAGCUGUGGUUCGUGGUCGGGUCGUCACGAAAGCUGGACGUGGCUUGGUCGGCCUUCGUGUCGGCACAAGCAAUAACAACGAAGGCUUCACUCUGACUCGUCGGGACGGCUGGUUCGACAUCAUGGUCAACGGAGGCGGGGCAGUGGCGCUCGACUUUGGCAAACCUCCGUUCACGUCGAAGAAGAUCCGAGUGAUGGUACCAUGGAACGAGAUGGUGGUCCUUGACGACAUCGUGAUGACCGUGAGCGGCGUCCCUGGACACAACGACCGUUCGGACGACUACCACGACCACCAGCAGCGGCGCCUCAGCUCGUCGCACUGCCCGCUGCACGACUACGACCUCCUCAAGCCCGUCGUCAUGGCCACCUGGCAGAAUGGCUUCCAAGGGGAGUGCCCCGAGGUGGACGCCAUCCUGGUAGAGGCGCAGGCGGUGCAGGAAUCCGUCCGCAUCCCCGGGACGGGACUUUACCUCGUGUACCACUCCUCAAGGGCCAACGGCUACGAGUCAACACUGCGCCUCCAGCUGACCCCCGACCGUAUCCCGUCGUCCCUGCGCCGCGUCCACCUAAGGAUCGUCCUCGAGGGCAUACUCUUCCGCAAGGUGUUCGAGGCCGACCCUGCCAUCAAGUUCACCUACGCCUGGAACCGCAUGAACGUGUACAGGCAGAGCGUGUACGGCGUGACUGUGGCUCGUGUGUCGGUGGGCUACGAGCACGAGAACUGCCCCAAGAUCAUCUGGGAGCAUCAGACGGCGCGGGUGGCGGGCUAUGACCUCGCCAUCUCCAGCGUCGGCGGAUUCAACCUGCAUGUGCAUCACGCUUAUAAUUUCCAUCAGGGUAUUCUGCAGAAGGGCGACGGCCAGAACAUCCACCUGGCGGGCCAGCGGCACCUGGUGACGACCCUCCUUGGCACGGGCGAGCAGCGCGAGGUGAACUGCGGCAGCCGCUGCGAGGGCCGCGCCGAGCACUCGCCGCUGCACGCCCCCACGUGCCUCGCCGCCGCGCCCGACGGCUCGCUCUACGUCGGCGACUUCAACCUCAUCAGGAGAGUCAAGCCCGACGGCACCGUCAUCACAGUGGCCAAGCUCAACGAGACGCGCGUAUCCUACCGCUACCACGUGGCCGUCUCCCCUCUGGACGGCUCUGUGUACGUGAGCGACCCCGAGGCCCACCAGGUGCUGCGUCUGGAGAACACGGAGGGCGUGACGGACCCCUUACGUAACACCGUCACCGUCGUGGGCUCGGGGCAGCGCUGUCUCCCCGGGGAUAGGAACCAGUGCGGCGACGGAGGAAUGGCCAGGCACGCGCGCUUGACCUAUCCCAAAGGCCUGGCCAUCUCGUCGUCGGGCGAGAUCUACAUCGCCGACGGGACGAACAUCCGCGUGGUGAGUCCAGCCGGCGAUAUCCACACGCUGAUCGGAGGCCACGACCACCGCUCCCACUGGGCUCCCGUCCCUUGCAACGGCACCAUCAACAUCGACCAGUUGCACCUCCGCUGGCCCACCGAGCUGGCCAUUUCUCCUCUCGACGGCUCCCUUCACAUCCUCGACGACCACUUGGUGCUCCGCGUCACGCCUGAUAAUCGAGUACAGGUGCUGACGGGGCGGUCCCUGAACUGCCCCCUGCCGCCCCACGAGCCCUCGGACAUGUCCCAGACGGCCCUGCUGCUCAACCCCCAGUCCAUUGCCUUCUCGCCGCAGGGUGAGCUGUACAUCGCGGAGAGCGAUACGCAGCGGAUCAACCGCGUCCGCAUCAUCACCAGCGACGGCCGCAUCAGCACCUUCGCCGGCGCGGACCCCGGCUGCAACUGCCGCGACGCCACCUGCUACUGCCACACCUACGACAACGUGUCGGCGACGUCGGCCAUCUUCUCGUCGAUCUCGUCCAUUUCUGUCACUCCCGACGGCGUCCUGCACGUGAGUGACCAGGCAGGGUACCGCGUGCGCUCCGUCAGGUCCCUCCUGCCGGAACUCAACGAGCGCAAACAGUACGAGAUCUUUUCCCCCGACACGCAUGAAGUGUACGUGUUCAACCGCUUCGGCCAGCACCUGGAGACCCACAACCUGGUCACGGGCCAGACGAUCUACAAGUUCUCGUACAGCGACAACUCCAACACGGGCAAGCUGCUCACAGUCACAGACUCGGCCGGCAAUCGCUUCCAGAUCAUCCGCGAUCGCGUGGGCUUCGUCAAGGCCAUCGAGAACCCGCAGAAGCAGCGCGUCCAGAUCACGCUGUCCAUGAUGAAGAUGCUGCAGCAGCUGGUGGCUCCCGACGGCUACAACAUCACCUUCAACUACCACGGGGCAACGGGAUGCAUGCGCUCCAAGGUCGAGGCGGUGGGUAGGUCCUACAGCUACGAGUACGAUGCCCAGGGACGCCUCAUCCAGGCCGUCCUGCCCACUGGCCAGGUCAUCCACCUCAAUUUUGACCUGAGUGUGCGUGGUGCAGAGGUGACAGUGACCAGGGAUGGCAAGGAACCUGUCAUUACAAGGCUCAGGGGCAACACCUUCAAUCAUACAUCAGGUCCCGUGGAGGCUCUAGCGGAGAUGGGAGGCCAAGGACCGCUGAGAAUCCUGACCGCGUGGAAGCACGAGGUGUCGCUCGAACGCACCGCCUACCGAGUGCUGGAAUCGACGAGUCCGACCUCGGCCGAGAUGUUCCCCGUUCUGUCCCGCCAGCAGACGCACAUCAGCGGAAACACAGUCAACCGCUACGAGUGGAGCUACUCGCCCGCCACUACAACCGACAGCCACAAUGGCAUGAAGGUCUCUGGCACUCUCAGGGUGAACGGAGCCGACCUCCUGACCCUGAGCUACGACCCUGUGUCUUCCACGGAAGCGCUUCUCUCUGUCUCGGGUCACAUGCUCGUCAACAUCACCUAUGACCACCUCGGCCGACCCAUCCGCUGGGUGCCUGUGGCCCCUCUGGUGGCCAGCAACGUCACCUACGACCACUGGGGCCACAUCACCAGCUGGGUCAGGGGGAACCUCUCCGAGGACUAUUAUUACGACGACUUCCUCAGGCUGGUGGCGGUCGUGUACGCCGACGGCAAGGAUGUCAAGUACGAAUAUCGCAGUCACUUCACUAAGCAUGGUCAUUUCUUCACGCAGCCCGAGAAGGUAACUCACCCGAGUGGAAGGGCCUACGGCUUGGUUUAUGAUGACGCAGGGUCUCUUCGCGAGGUUGUAACACCCCGCGGCUCAGCUUAUACCCUUCAGCUCUCUACAUCCCUCGGCUUCUACAGGUUGAGGCUAGCAUUGCCUAUUGACAGCAUUGCUCUACAGAUGCGACUGGACGAGCAAGGGCGCGUUCUGGCCAUAACGCUGCCCGGGCGCGGCGGCACGCUGCUCUACGAGUACAACGACGCCGGCCAGGUCACCGCCGAGCUCUACGGCCACGGCCUCACCGAGUACUCCUACUACGACACGGGCCUCAUGCGCAACGCCAAGACGAAGCACAGCCACUUCGACCUCCGCACCGACUACCACUACCACGGCGGCCUCAUGAAGGAGAUGAAGCUGCGCUACGGCCCCAAGAGCAACCUCCACAACGCCAAGCUGCGCUUCCAGUACGACGGCUCGGCGCGCCUGCGCAAGGUGGAGGGAGAGGUAGACUCCACGCCUCUCACGGAAAUGUACAUUCGCUUCGACAAUCAGACGGGAGUCCUGCAGGGCAUCAGUGACCUGCGCAUCAUUAGGAACAAUAUCCUCGAAACGAUGAUUCAGAAUCCUAAGAAACACUACGUCAAUACGCGCAAGCAGGACAACUACGGCCGCCUCUCCGAGGUCUUCAUGACCCUGGGAGACCGGAUGGUGUUCCUCAUGCAGCUGAAAUACGACAACCGCAACCGCAUAUCCGAGCGGCUGAUCGAGGUGGCCGGGCGGCGCGAGGGCCUCAACAUCACGUACAUGCCCGACGGCCAGAUCCUGGGCGCCAACGGAAAGGUCAUCUGGAUGUACAGCUACGACGAGAACGGAAACGUCAUCAGCUACUCGGAGAAGAGCUUCCGCACGAAUCUGCAGUACGACGAGUGCGACCGCGUGACCAUGGUGGGCACGAGCGAGGUCGAGUACGACGAGCGCGGCUUCGUGAUCCGCAUCGACAACCAGAACUUCGACUUCAACACCAAGGGGCAGCUGGUGGCGGCCUGGGACAGGGAGCAGACCUGGUCAUUCAGGAUUGGCUACGACCACUUCGAUCGCGUGUCGGUGUACCAGGACCACCACGAGAACAUCACCCAGCUCAUCUACGGGCGGCCCGACCAGCCACACCUGGUGACUCACCUGCACAACCCGCGCACUGGCGCCACCACGACACUCCUCUACGAUGACAUGAACCACCUGAUCGCCGUCGACCAGCCGGACGGUCGGUACUUCGUGGCGACGGACCAGAACGGAACGCCCAUCGCAUUCUUCAACGACAUGGGCCUCCUCAUCCGGAAACAGGCUUGGAGUCCCUUCGGCAAGUUGCUGGACGCCUCCGGUGAAAAUAUGUGGGUCGGUAUCGGUCCCUGGGGAGGCUUCCUGGAGCCUGUGACGGGCAUCGUGGUGCUGAAGGGCCACGCCUACCACCCGCAGCUCCUGCAGUGGCUGACUCCACAGUGGGGGCACCUGACGCAGACCACACGCCAUGUGACGGACGUCUUCGUUUACAGGUUCAUGAACAACAACCCGUUCAAUCCGCAAGACCGACUCCUCAGGCACUACUACACAAACGUAUCCGAGUGGCUGGAACUCUACGGCAUCGAGCUCCGCCUGGUCCUUGGCUCUGAGUACCACGAGGACACGAUGGUGAAGCCCCGCGCCGUGGUCUCCGUGGACACCCUGGGCGCCUCGGAGGUGGUGAGCGGCCUCUGGUGCCAGUACCGCGCGGGCGUCCGCCACCUGCACGGCCUCAGCUUCUUCUCGCAGUCGCACAUCCAGCGCCAGAUGGGCACGUGGAACGGCGCGCCCAUCUCGCGCCAGGCGUCCAUCUUCGGCCCGGGCGUGCUGGUCUCCAACAUCGAAGGACGAGUGCUCGUCACCGGCGUCGGCGACGACGACUUCGCGGGCGUCAUCGGCGACGUCAUCCGAACCGUGCUCAACAACUCCAUCAUCCUCGACGUGAGUUCCACCCAGAACGGCCUCGACACCUUCUACUUCAUCAAGGACAACCGUAAGCGAGCCGGCGAGGACAUGCAGCACCUGCGGCGCCUUUCGGGCAUCUUCAACAUCUCGGACAGCGAGACGGAGCGCGGCCACGAGAUCCGCAUGUCCACGCCCACGGCCAACCUGGUCAUCAUGUACGGCGAGCGAGUGCAGCGCGCCCACACGGCCAGAGUGGCGUGGCAGCGCGAGGUGGCGCUGGUGAGCCUGGGGCGCCCCGGCACGCACAACUGGUCCCCUCAGGAGGCGGCGGAGCUCGUGCGCGAGGGCCGCGUGCCGGGCUACGUGGCCACGCACCUGCACGCGGCCUCCCGCUACCCGCUCCUGGCCGCAGACCCCUCCAAUAUCAUCUUCAAGCACGAGACUUCCCGCAAGCGCCGCAAGAGCCGCAGAAAGGGCCGAAAAAGGAGCUGGCGGCAGCGCAAGAAAGGUGGUGCAUACGAGCAGACAUGAAGAGCUAAACGCUAGGCUUUAGCAGCAAUGCUGUACCGCUGAACUUCCAGGCAUACGCUACUGAAUCUGCCUUUGUCGACAGAUUGUGAUAUAAUUGUACAUAUUAAAUGUAAACUUAACAGAGUUUCGAUAUAUACGCAUACUGAGUGCGGUUUUGUUCUUUCUAUAUGAGGUGAAUUAAGAAUGUAACUUUCAUUAUUAUCAUCAUAUUAUAUUCGGUGUUCUUGAGAACCCCAACUGAAACCCAUAUAUCAAGUAUGACGACUUUUGAUGUUCCUUUCAUGUGGUUUUUACCUCCGACUGUGUCAUGCGGUAAUCCUACUGUAAAAAUAUGUCAUGUAUUAUGUAAAGUAAAAUAAUGAGUUUUUAAUAAACAUUUCGAUGUACAUUUA